AUGUCUGCCGAUCCUAGUGCUUCGCUAGCUGCUGAUUUGGAUGAUGAGGCAUAUGACUCUGCUGAGGAUGAAGAUUUUCAGCUCGAUGCCGCACAAGAUGACUCCGAGCUAUCCUCCGAUGAUGACGAGACCACCGAACCCGCGAAGAAGAAGCGCAAAACAGACAAGAAAGCCAAAAUCGCCACAGAUGAGCUAGAUUCCGGUGACGAAGCUACAAUAAAAAAAGCACAUGAUAAAAGGAACAAGAAGCAUAAAGGGAAAAAGGGCAAGGGAAAGGGCAAGGAUGUGACUGGUGAAGGCGACGACAGUGACAUUGACUUCGACGAAGAUGAAGGAGACGCAGGGGGCUUUGUGCGAACUCGGGCAAUGAAAAAGAUGCGAAGAGAGGAGGAAGAGCAACGCAAACCACUAGCCCGAAUUGAUGGUGCGACUGUCGACGUGGAAGCCCUGUGGGCGCAGAUGAACACCCCCGGUAACGAUCUGGGCAUGCAGUCGACGCAGAUCCACCACGACGACAAGCCGCUGCCAGACAAACCCGAACGGACGACCGACACGAACGUGCAGGACCACGGUGCCCCAGAGCCGCAAGACAACGCGCGUCAUGGUCAGUACGGCGAGCAUAUGAUCAAGAUCAAGCGCACGUAUAAGUUCGCUGGCGAGUGGAUUACCGAGGAAAAGGUUGUGCCCAAGGAUUCUGCAGAGGCAAAGGCGUUCCUGUCUAGUGGUGAUAAUGCCGAGCUUGCGGAGGUAGGAGACACGGCUGCUGACGCUGCUCGAAAUCUGCGCCGUCCACUUCGCAAGAUUUCACGUUUUGAUCCCAACCCGACCGGUACGAUUAAGAAGAGCUGGGAGAAGCAGCCUACUGCGGAAGUGGGCGUGGAUCACCCCAGCGGACCCAAGAUCAACACCGUUGAAAAGUCCAGACUCGAUUGGGCACAGUAUGUGGACCAAGCCGGAAUCAAAGACGAACUGCGGACACACAGUAAGGCUAAGGAGGGCUAUAUUGGCCGCAUGAACUUCUUGGACCGUAUGGGAGCCAAAAGAGAUGAGGAAGCUCGACAAGCCCGUCUCAAGGGUAUGUGA